UUCUUUUUGAUUUGAAUUUCUGAAACAGAAAAUAAAAAACUAAAUAGUACACGCUUUUUAUGUUGAAGCAAACGACACUACAGGAACCUGGAGCCAAGACGUAAAUCCGCCGCAAACAACCCAGUUUUUCCGACGGUCUUGGAGCUUCCUCCGCCGUAACGCUGUUGCUUUCUCCACGAAGCUUGUCUAGCGCCGAUUAAAUUUGCCGUAGGGUGACUUUGUGCUUCUUCUCGUUUCUCUUUACAGGUUCUGAACACAGAUGUCAAGUCCAUUGAAAGAAUCAAAAGACGAUAGCUCAGACUCUGCUCGUCACAUGAGGGAAGAUAAUGAAUAUGUUCGGUUAGUUGUGGCUCAUGAAGCUGCUCCGGCUGAAAUCAUCGUAUCCCAAUCAGAGAUGCGGAGCAAAAACUUGAUGUGGUGGUUUAAAGCUUUGGGGAUAUGUGCACUGACUCUCUUGCUCACACUCUUUUUCGCCAAAUGGGGAGUUCCUUUUGUAUUCAAAAAGGUUCUUAUUCCAAUACUGAGAUGGGAAGCAACUGCGUUUGGCCGUCCUACGCUCGCGAUUGUCCUUGUCGUGUCCUUGGCUUUGUUCCCUGUGUUCUUGAUACCUUCUGGUCCAUCCAUGUGGUUAGCUGGGAUGAUUUUUGGUUAUGGUCUCGGUUUUGUUAUAAUCAUGGUUGGAACCACCAUUGGCAUGGUUCUUCCUUACCUAAUCGGGCUUAUGUUCCGUGAACGCCUCCAUCAAUGGUUAAAAAGGUGGCCUCGUCAAGCUGCUGUUCUUAGACUAGCUGCAGAAGGAAGCUGGUUCCAUCAGUUCAGAGUCGUGGCAAUCUUUCGGGUUUCGCCAUUUCCUUACACGAUUUUCAACUACGCAAUCGUCGUGACGAGCAUGAGAUUCUGGCCUUACUUGUUUGGUUCCAUAGCAGGAAUGAUACCAGAAGCUUUCAUCUACAUAUACAGCGGUCGAUUGAUCAGAACAUUUGCUGAUGUACAAUACGGACAUCAACGUUUGACAACAGUGGAGAUUGUAUACAACGUUAUCUCUUUAAUCAUUGCGAUUGUGACUACUGUAGCUUUCACCGUAUACGCGAAAAGAGCCUUGAGAGAGCUUCAAAACGCAGAAGCUAACGAAGAUGAAGAAGUUCAGGUGAAGAAACAGACGAGAUUAGAGAUGAAGAACGUUGUUCAACACGAAGAUAACCAUCGGCGUUUGGGUUCUUCUCAUGCAUUGCCCUAACUGAAAUUUAUGUGGGAAGAUAUGAUAAUAAAAAUGAAUAGAUUUUGUAUAAAGCUUAAUGUUGAUUUUGUUUCUCAGCAGGAGUAAGAAGUAAAUAACAAAAGUGGAAUAUCCGAAUAUGUCUAAUGUAGUAAACCAGGAAGAUUAGUCAAAAGGUUGGAUUCUAAUAGUGUUUGCUGAUUCCAAGUUAUCAUAAUAUAUAUAUAUUAUGAAUAAAGUAAAUUUUUGAUU